AUGGCUCCAUACAUCAACCCAUCUGGAUCAUCUUCUCCGGCGUCAGACUCAUCUCAAACCAACUAUCAGGAUGCCACCGAUAAUGCAGUGCCGAUCGCGAUCUGUGGUAUGGCACUUCGCCUCCCAGGAGGCAUCUCUACACCGGACGAGUUCUGGGACUUUCUAAUCAACAAGAAGGAUGCACGGGGUCUUGUCCCUGAGUCAAGGUACAACUCUUCCAGCUUCUACUCCAAGUCUAACAAGCCUGGUCACAUCGCAAGUCAAUACGGAUACUUCCUCGAUGAGUCUGUGGAUAUUGGAGCUCUUGAUACGAGCUUCUUCAGCAUGCCCAAGGUCGAGGUAGAACGGGCAGACCCACAGCAGCGGAUUCUAUUAGAACUUACAAGGGAAUGUCUUGAGAGCGCCGGUGAGAUAGACUACCGCGGCAAGACGAUUGGCACCUUUGUUGGAUCAUUUGCUGAGGACUGGCUGGAGCUCUCCGUUAAAGAUCCUCAGCUACAUGGCAUGUAUAAGAUUACCGGUUAUGGCGACUUUGUGCUUGCCAACAGAAUAUCGUACGAAUACGACUUCAAGGGGCCUAGCAUGAUCGUCCGAACUGGCUGCUCUUCAGCUUUGAUUGGCCUUCACGAGGCGUGUCUGUCGAUCCGGUAUGGCGAAUGCAACUCUGCCAUUGUGGCGGGUAGCAACCUGAUCAUGGCCCCGGGACUUACUAUCUCUAUGUCCGACCAAGGAAUUCUGUCGAAGAAUGGUUCAAGCAGAACAUUCGACGCCGAUGCCGAUGGAUAUGCACGUGGAGAAGCUAUCAAUAUGAUUUAUAUCAAGAGGCUUGAUCACGCAAUUCGUGACGGGAACCCCAUCCGUGCUGUGAUCAGAGGCACGUCCAAUAACGCCGACGGCAAGACGCUUGGGCUGAGUGUUCCAAGCUCGCAAUCUCACGAGGCCAUGAUUCGUAGAGCUUACCACGCGGCUGGGAUUACGGAUAUCUCAAAGACCGGCUAUGUCGAGUGCCACGGCACUGGAACACCAACCGGUGAUCCGAUCGAAGUUGCCGCCGUGGCCAGCGUAUUCGGUAACAGCGGUGUUUACAUCGGUUCCGUGAAGCCAAACGUCGGGCAUUCAGAAGGAGCAUCUGGAAUCACGUCGCUCAUCAAAGCAAUUCUAGCACUGGAGAACCAGACUAUCCCCCCUAACAUAAAGUUCGACAAGCCCAACCCAAAGAUCCCUUUCGAGGAAAAGAAGCUCAAAGUCCCCUUGGAUCCUACCCCGUGGCCAAAGGACAGAUACGAACGUGUCUCCGUUAAUUCAUUCGGUAUUGGUGGCGCCAAUGUCCAUGUUGUUAUUGAAUCGGCGAGAAUGUACUUUGGGAAGACUGAAGCAUUGGACUAUAAGCCGUCACCCACAAAGACCCAGUUGCUGCUCCUUUCCGCCAACACUUCCGACUCAUUACGCCGACAAGUUGUCCAGAACCAGAAAUAUGUCGAAGAGUCCCCAGAGUCAGCGAGCAAUGUGGCCUAUACCCUGGGUGCGAGGCGUACCCAUUUACCACACCGAACAUUCUCGGUCGUAGACAAGGGCGUUGUUUCCAGCACGGCGCCGUUUAGCAAGGCACCCCAAUCAGCACCGGAUCUCAUCAUGGUCUUUACUGGCCAGAGCGCGCAGUGGCCGCAGAUGGGGUUGGAGCUUCUCCAGUCAAAUGCCACAUUCAAGAAGUCGAUCUACGACAUGGAAAACGUCCUCAGAAACUUGCCCGAGCCACCUAGUUGGUCUCUCGUUGACGAAUUAACUAAGCCAGCCGAAACAAGCAAGCUGGACCAGGCGUAUCUAUCCCAGCCCCUAUGCACCGCUUUACAGGUUGCUUUGGUCGACGCGCUAUCUGAGCUCGAUAUCAAACCGUACGGUGUCGUUGGCCAUUCGUCCGGCGAGAUCGCAGCAGCAUACGCUGCUAAGAAAAUCACGGCCGAAGAAGCCAUCAUCGCCGCGUAUGACCGUGGUGUUGCGUCUGACAAGGUAAAGACGCUAGGGGCUAUGGCGGCCGUGGGCCUCGGACGAGAAGAGACUGCACCAUUUUUAGUUCCAGGCGUCAUCAUUGCUUGCGAGAAUUCGCCCUCCAGCGUCACCAUAUCCGGUGAUAAGGAGGCGGUAGAUGAUGUCCUGCGGGCAAUACGCUCGGAGAAACCCGACACAUUCGCCCGAGCCUUGAAAGUAGAAAAGGCGUACCAUUCUCAUCAUAUGAAAGAAGUCGGUGAGGUCUACAAUAGUCUAGUCUCGCGUCAUGUUGGGAACCGGUCGAAAUACAUGGCUUCCAAGAUCAUCGAAAACAAGCCCGUCUUUUUCUCUACCGUAACGGGAAAUCAACUCCUUGAUUCCGACCCCACAGAUCCAAGAUAUUGGCAGUCGAACCUCGAGUCUCCCGUACUUUUCAACACCGGCGUUACCAAUCUGGUUCAGUAUCAUAACACCCAUAGCAAGGCCAGCCUCAUGUUCUUGGAAAUCGGACCUCAUUCGGCGCUGGGCGGCCCGGUCCGCCAAAUCCUCGCCAAGUCUUCCGUCAACUAUCCGUACACGUCGUGUCUCGUCCGCGGCAAAAACGGGACCGAGACAUUCCUUUCAGCCGUCGGCCAGCUCUGGGUUCAGAACUUGCAGAUCGACAUAAACUGCCUGACGAACCCGGACGGCACCGCUCGCGUUGUCACGGAUUUGCCCGCUUACCCCUGGCAGCACAGCGAGUCCUUCAUGUUCGAGAACCGCAUCGCCAACGACUGGCGGUUCCGCAAGUUCCCCAAGCACGACCUGCUGGGCGUUCGCGUUUCGGAGACCACGGAGAGCGAGCCGGUGUUCCGAAGCGUCCUUUCGCUUCCGAAUGUUCCGUGGAUACAGGACCAUAAUAUCAAAGGAGAUGUAAUCUUCCCGUGCGCAGGGUAUGUGGGCAUGGCGGGCGAAGCAGCGCGUCAGCUAUGCGAAGGGCCAUACGAAGGCUUUGCAUUGCGCCAAGUAGUGAUUGAUACCGCGAUGGUCUUGACAGAGUCCAAAUCAACCGAGAUCAUUACCAGCGUGCGUCGGGCACCUCUUACAGAUACACUCGAUAGUUCAUGGUGGGAUUUCACAGUCAGCUCCUAUACUGGGACGACGUGGACGAAGCAUUGUUCCGGCCAAUUUUCCGCGCUCACCACCCCAUCACCGAGCAGUAGAACGGAAGAUGCGUCCAACCUGCCUCGCCUAAUCAAACCCGCCAAGUGGUAUCAAGCCCUCAGAAACGUCGGCGCGAACUACGGGAAGGAUUUCCAAGGCUUGUCCGACUUAUCAUGCUCAACGACGCAGCAUCUCUCGAAGGGGAGAGCGAUAAACACGGUUGACGAUGAUGGCGCCAUCUACUGCGUACACCCCACCAAGGUCGAUUUCUUCCUCCAGCUAUUUAGUAUUGCCGCCACCAACGGCUUAACGCACAAGCUAGACAAGAUGAACGUACCCACAUUCAUCGAAUACAUGGAGAGCUAUAAGUGCGAUUCCGAGAUUGACAUUGCCGUCAGGGCAACUCGGAGUCGACGUGGCGUUAUGAGCGGUGGGGGUGAGGGAUUCGGUGCUGACGGGAAAUUAGCGCUCAAGAUGAAGGGCGUGAAGCUGAGUCCCCUUGAAGGCGAAAUGACAGCUGAUAGCCUUGACCCUCACGCGGGCGCUAGGAUGUUUUGGCGUCAGGAUAUCGACUUUGUCGAUUUUAAAUCAUUGGUAAUACCGCAUAAGGAACAGGAGUAUCUUGCGCCAUUAUGCGAAGAGUUGCAGCGCGUCUGCACCAGCGAGGCUCUCCUUCGUCUCCGAGGCGUCCUGACGGACAUUCCGCAUUUCCGGAAAUUCAAGGCGUGGCUAGAGAAGCAGCCAGCACCCAAACCAGAAAGUUCCAUCGAGGGCCUUAUAAAGAUCUUAUCUCCAACUUCGAUAUCGCCGUUGGUAUCUGGUAUCACCAAGGUCCUCGACAACAUCGUCGCCUUGUUUAAGGGCGAAAUCGAGCCGAUCACAGUCCUGAUGGAGGACAACGCGCUAACGGACAUGUACAACUAUCUCGGCCACUGCGAUCGCAAAGAAGUAUUCCAAAGCAUUGGCCACGCGAAACCAAACCUUCGCAUUCUCGAAAUUGGAGCCGGGACGGGCGGUCUUACCAACUCCAUACUCCAGGGUAUCACCAAUUCCGAGAACGGCUCUCUCAUGUAUUCCCAGUAUAUGUACACUGAUAUCUCAUCCGCAUUCUUUAGCGCCGCUAAGACGCGCUUCGAAGGAUACCCUAAUAUCGUCUUCCAGGCGCUGGACAUUACUAAGGACCCAGUCGCUCAGGGGUUCGAAGAAGGCUCGUACGACCUGGUCAUCGCCGCCAAUGUCUUGCACGCUACCCCAAGUAUAAAAGAGACGCUCAAGAACGUACGGAAACUCCUCCAUCCAGAGGGCCGCUUAUAUAUAGAAGAUUUAAGUUGCGAGAACAAGGCGUUCAACUUCGUCAUGGGUAUCUUUCCGGGAUGGUGGUUGGGCGCAGACGACGGCCGCGUAGAUGAACCAUACGUGACUCCCGAGAGGUGGGACGCAUAUCUACGCCAGGCUGGUUUCGCCGGCUUGGAGCAUGUCGCUCUCGACUCUCCUCCACCCACGCAUUACGAUGCCAUAAUGACAGCCAGACCGGCCGUUGAAAUCUCGCGGCGCCGCGCUACAACCGUCGUUUACGACGAGGACACUUCGGCAAUCGCCGCACAGCUUAAGGAGAAGCUAGCAUCAGAGGGCUUCGAAGUUGGAUUGCACCAUUGGGGUGAGCCGGGCUUACCUACAGAUAAGGAUGUGCUCGCGGUGAUCGAUCUUAACAAGCCUAUAUUCGAGAACAUCAGCGAAGCUAACUUCCUCGCCUUCCGCAAAUUUAUAUCGACAGUAUCGGAAUCCGGCGCCGGCCUCCUCUGGCUUACCCGUGCCUCCCAGGUCAGAGCCCAGGACCCUCGGUGGGCACAGAUCAUCGGCGCUAUACGAGCAAUCCGCGCCGAACUAAAUGUCGACCUGGCCACGUGCGAACUGAACCAGGUCAACACUGAAAAUUUAAACGCAGCAGCGAAAGUAUUCCAGAAAUUCAACAGGCGACAACGCGAAGAGAACUUGCGCCCCGAGUACGAGUACGCCAUCGUAGACGGGAUCAUACACAUAUCCAGGGUAUACCCCGUCGUCGUCAACGAGGAGCUACGCGCACCGCCGCAAGACGAGGCGGCCGAAGUGGGAUACGACCUGAGAGUUGGCAAAUACGGCCAGUUGAACACGCUGGCGUGGACCGCAAUACCGGUGAGGCCGUUAGUUGGGGACGAGGUUUUGGUAGAGAAUAAGGCUUUUGGUAUGAACUUCAAGGACGUCCUAGUAGCUAUGGGGAUUGUGGAGAAUAGAGCCAAGGUGACGCUUGGUCUUGAAGCUAGCGGCGUUGUCACCAAGGUUGGGCCAGACGUCAAGGAGCUCCGUCCGGGCGAUAGAGUGCUCUUAGGCGGAGAAGGUUGCUUCUCAACUCGUAUGGCAGUGUCGGAGAAAACAUGCGCUAAGAUCCCCGACUCCCUCAGCUUUGAAGAUGCUGCGACCAUGCCCAGCGUCGUCGCGACUGUUAUACACGGGCUUCUCGACAUCGGCCAGCUACAAGAGGGGCAGACGCUCUUAAUCCACUCGGCGUGCGGUGGCGUCGGAAUUGCAGCCAUCCAGAUAGCCAAAAUGGUCGGUGCGGAUAUCUACUGCACCGUAGGCAACGAGGAGAAAGUCCAGCACUUGAUGUCGACCUUCAACAUUCCCAGGAGUCGCAUAUUCAACUCGCGAGACAAGUCGUUCCUGGGAGACGUCAUGGCGGCGACGAACAGCCGCGGGGUGGACGUGGUGCUGAACUCGUUAUCGGGAGAACUCCUCCACGCGUCCUGGGAGUGCGUAGCAGAGUUUGGAAAGAUGCUUGAGAUCGGCAGACGCGAUCUCAUCGGGCACGGAAAAUUGGCGCUGAACAUGUUCGAGCGGAAUAGGAGCUACCAUGGCAUAGAUUUGGCUCACGCCGUUGAUGUGAAGAAGCAUAUGGGCCACAGUUUACUCAAGAGAGUCGUCAAAUACUACGAGCAGGGACAUGUUCAACCUAUUCGCCCCAUCAAGAUUUUCACAGCCGAUGCCAUUGGGGACUGCUUCCGUUACAUGCAAAAGGGGGUGCACAUCGGGAAGAUCGUCAUCUCAUUGGACUGUGCGGAAGGCAAGGCCCUCACGAAACGACAGUUAAACCGGACCGUCGAAUUCCGCAACGACGCCUCUUACCUGCUCGUCGGUGGCUUGGGUGGUCUCGGCCGCGCCGUUUCCAACUGGAUGGUUGAACACGGGGUUCGGCACCUAAUAUUCCUCUCGCGCCACGCCGGCGAAACCGCGGAGGAUCAAGCGUUCUUCGAGGAAUUGGGAAGCCAGGGAUGCAAAACCACUGCGGUGAAGGGCAGCGUUACUUCUCUCGCGGAUGUGAAGCGCGCCGUCGCAGCUGGCGGCAGCACUCUUAAGGGCAUACUGAACAUCUCCAUGGUUCUACGAGACCAGAGCUUUCCCAAAAUGUCAUACGACGACUGGGUGCAAUGCGCGGCCCCGAAGGUCCUGGGUACUUGGAAUCUGCAUAACGCGACUGUCGAGCGCGGGGUUGAUCUCGACCUAUUCGUUCUGUUCAGUUCCAUAUCGGGAGUCCUAGGCCUGCGGGGACAGGCCAAUUACGCCGGCGCCAACUCGUUCCUCGAUAGCUUCGUGCAGUACCGUCACGGGCUCGGUUUCAACGCAUGUGCUAUUGACAUCGGCGUGAUGCUUGACCACGGCUACGUCGCUGACAACACCGUGAUUCGCGAGCGUCUAUUAUCACAGGGUAUCUACGGAGUCCGUAUCGCCGAGAUGCUUGACGCCAUUACUGCGUCUAUUCUCGCCCCGCGCCCGGCCAUCCACGACAUCAAGAGCGUACGCUCCAAGCCAUUUGUCAGCCACAGCGAGCUGUUCAUAGGCAUGCGUACCACAAUACCUCUUACUGAUCCGUCCAACCGCGUCCCUUGGAAGGGCGACCGUCGCGUCAGCGUGUAUCUAAACAGCAGUGCCGGCACUUCAUCGUCGGGCUCGGCAGCAACGUCGAGCGAGCUAUUAUCAUUCAUAGCAUCGGCCGUCGGCAACCCAGCGGUUCUCUCUGCCCCAGACGCAGUCGCCUUCGUCGCGGUUCAGAUCUCGAAGCAGCUUCUAACUUUACUCAUGAAGCCUGUAGACAGCGACGCCGAAAUCGACAUCAACCGGACGCUUCAAGAAAUGGAGUUUGACAGUCUCGUGGCUGUAGAAAUGAGAAGCUGGUGGAAAUCGACUUUUGGCUUUAAUAUAAGCGUUUUAGAAAUGCUAGGAGCAGGUAGUAUGAAGACGCUGGGCGAGAAAGCGGUAGAAGGUUUAAAGGAAAGGUUUGGCGUUUCCGAGAACGAUGAAGACACCGGGAUGAAGAAGCACACACACGAAGAGUUGGUUCUGACGAAGAUGCCGUGAAUUUCAAAACUGGAGAAUAAUGGUCAGAAAGGAAACCAUGUCUGCGCUACAGUUUGUAAUUCCAAACACUUAUCGGUGGGUUGCAUUCAGUAUGUUUUAUCCCGCAAAGCUCGCGGUGCGCAUACUGGACCGUGUGUAUUUCAUAUAAUACAAUUUCUAAUAAUGGCACAUCACAACGGUAACCCUAGAGCUC